AUGAGGAGGCCACCCCCGCCAGUAGGAUGUUCUCUCUGUAGGAGGAAUGAGCAAAAUGCGGAAAGGCCCAGAGAAGGUUGCAAACACCGUAGGGCCAUCAAGCUCAAGAAGAGACCUCAAUCCAUAAGUAACUCCCGAAGAAAUCAAGCACCACCCAUCAUCUUCACCCAGGAAGACGUGGAAGGAGUUCACUUCCGCUAUUGUGAUGCACUUUUGAUGAUUUUGGACCACGAUUUGACUCCUACCACUACUCUCUUAUAUGGAUUCACUGGAGAUAGCAUCACUCUAAGGAAAAAGAUCACACUCGCAAUGAAAAUGGGAGAAUCACCUCAAACCACCUUGAACUUCAUGGAGUUCCUUAUUGUGGAUAGCCGACCAACAUAUCACGAGAUACUAAGGAGACCUGCCCUAAAGAAAUUGGGAGCCGUCACCUCUAUCCACCACCUAUGCAUGAAAUUCUCGACCAAGAAUGAGAUGAAGACAGUAAGAAGUAACCAGAGAGGAUUAAGGGAGUGCUACCUGAGCUCUAUUAGGAAGGCUAAGCCCUGGGAUGUCAAUGUUAUUAUAAUUGACAUGGACAUGAUAGACGUUCCAGGUGAGGCUCUUUCUGAACGAGAAGAUAGGCAUGAGGAUAUGAUGAGCAUCGACCCCAAGGUCAGUUGCCAUCACCUUAAGAUUGAUUUUAAGGUUGCCCAGCAUAGACAAAAGAGAAAAGCCCUUAAUCCGAAGAGGUAUGAGGUCCUAAAGGAAAAAGUGCAGAAGCUAAUCAAGAAUGACUUCAUCAGGGAGGCAAUCUACCCGAAGUGGGUCUCCAAUUCGGUGUUGGUUAAGAAGCACUGUGACAAAUGGAGGGUAUGUAUUGACUUCACUAAUCUUAACAAGGCAUGUCCCAAGGAUAGCUUCCCGCUUCCUAGGAUUGAUCAAUUAGUAGACUCUACCAUCGGACGUGAGUUAUUAAGCUUUAUGGACGCCUACUCAAGCUAUAAUCAAAUCUCUAUGUACUUGGCCGAUGAGAAGAACGCUUCUUUUAUCACGGACAGAGGCCUUUAUUGCUACAAGAUGAUGCCUUCGGGUUUAAAAAUGUCGGGGCUACUUAUCAAAGACUUGUCUACAAAAUAUUUGCGGACCACAUUGGCAAGACGAUGGAGGUCUAUGUGGAUGACAUGCUUGUGA